AUGGACGGCUCCCUCACGGGAAUUCCCAACUCCUAUACUACCUGGGCGGAUGCGUUCAACUUGCAGCACCCUGGCUGCGACUACACCCAAGUCCUCUUCAACGAGACCGAGGAUAACGUUGAAGAGAGCACCUGGUACAGCGUCACGGACAGCAUCACGACUGAGCCGUCCAUCUUCCUCACGGAUCCGGGAGAUUACCAGCAUUCCAGCCCGGUAGCCCGAGGCUAUCGGGCCGCUCGCAAGUUGCGCCAAAGAGGAUCUGCAGUCGAAGAGGCUUCGCAGACAUGCGCUUGGCGGCGACCGUUGUUUUGGAUUACCUCGGCCGGGGCUGUUUUUAUAUGGACGGCGCUGGUGAUCUUCAAUUGGCGGGUGCUAGCAGAGGACAGACCAAAGAUGUCUGGAGAGGUGAGCCUGCAAAGCAAAGUGCUGGCCCUGGAACGCGACUUGAACAGAGCCAAGGAGGAUCUGGCCCAAAAGGACCAACUCCUGGCCGCGUAUCGUGAGACAAAGGAUCUUGCCAAAGAAAGGGCCAGGCCCCAGCAGCCCAAGCCCGAAGCCAACCUGCGCGGCUUCACAUCCAGCUCAGACAGCCCCAGCCCAGUCAUCCAAGGCCCAGGCUUUGCCACUUGCACCUUCCAAGAAGACGCAGAUUAUUCCCUCAUGGGCGGCCGUGGCAGGGAGGAAGUGGUCAAGGAGAAGUCCAACAAGGCGGAAUGCUGCCAGCUCUGCCUUGCACGUAAUCAGCUCUCCGGCGGCUGCACGGUGGCGGUCUUGAGCUCUGCUGCCGACGUGCCGCCCUCCGCGUGUUGGAUCAAAACGGUGGCUCCCGGUGGCCGCAGUGCCGGCCUGAAGCCCUUCCGGAAGAUUGGGGUGGUGUCGUGCCUGCCGCAGGGGGAGAACGUCCCAACCUUGCCGCCUGCGCCGGACACCGGGGUGCUGCAGGACCACGAGAAGGGCCUGCUGGCUCUCCAGCAGCUGCCUGCCUCCGGCGGCGCCUUGGCGCGCGCCAACGCGGUGAAGGACUCCAUCCGCCAUGCCUGGUCCAACUACAAGCAGUACGCCUGGGGCAUGGACGAGUUGCUCCCGGUGGCGGGGAAGGGCCGCAACCGCGGCUUCAACUUGGCCAUCACCAUGGUGGAUUCCCUGGACACCCUGUGGCUUGCGGGCUUGCGGGAUGAUUUCCAUGAGGCCAAGGACUGGCUGGCCUCCAACUUCCCGCAGAAGAUCGACGCCAUGGGGAACGCGGUGUCGGUCUUCGAGACCACCAUUAGGGCGCUGGGGGGCCUUCUCUCCGCCUACGACCUCUCCAAGGACAAGGCCUUCCUGACUCUGGCGGAAAAGCUGGGCCGGCGAAUUCUGCGGACGGUCACCGCCCGGGGCGUCACGCCCUACACCUUCGGUGGCGGCCGCGGCGGAAGCUCCUGCCCAAGCCUCGCGGAGUCUGGGACGCUGCAGCUAGAGAUGCGGUAUCUCUCCCAUGCAACCGGGGACGACGUGUUCGCCUUGAAGACUAUGAAGUUCUACGACACCGUCAAAAACUUCAAGUCCUUGGAGGGGCUGUGGCCCAACUGCUUCGAGAAGGAGCGGGGGAAGAUCACCUUGGGCGCCGAUGGGGAUUCCUUCUAUGAGUACCUCCUCAAGGUGUGGCUGCAGGGGGGGCAGCAAGAGAACGAGCAGUUCCUGAAGGCGAUGUACGACGACGCCGUGCGCGGGGUGCAGAAGCACAUGGUGCGGAAGGGCACGGACGGCUUGACGUAUCUGGGCACCGUGACCUGGGACUCCCACACCCAGGCGGCCUCCUACACACCCGAGAUGGAGCAUCUCAUGUGCUUCGUGCCCGGCUGGCUGGCGCUGGGCUCGCGGAAGCCGGGGACUGGAAGCCGGGAGAUCAUGAACCUGGCCGAUGCCUUGGCCUACACAUGUUGGCAGAUGUACGAGCAGCAGCCCACCGGCAUCUCCCCGGAGCGGGUCAAGGGCGAGGCCAUGGACCUCAGCAAAACCAACACCCGGGAGUACAUCUUGCGGCCUGAGGCGGCGGAGGGAUGGUGGUACAUGCUGGAGCUCACCGAAGACGCAAAGUACCGUGAGUGGGGCUGGAAGGCUUUCCUGGCCUUCGAGAAAUGGCUUUGGGUGCCCCACGGCUACGCGUCCCUGAAGGACGUGCGCUCAACCAGCAAGACCUACCUGGACCGCAUGGAGAGUUUUUUCAUCGCGGAGACCCAGAAGUACUUACUCUUGCUGCAGGAUGUGGACCAUGAGAUGAAGCUGGAUCGUUAUGUCUUCAACACGGAGGCACAUCCGCUGUCCAUCCUGAAGUGA